UGCUGUUACUGAUACUGUGAUAGCGAAGAGCCCAGGCGAUCGAGCUGAUGCUGAACAUUUCAAGCGUGAUUUUCGAAGAAUUGUUUGCCUUCAUGAAAUUCGCUCAGUACCUGAGCCACAGCUGAUGAACGGCUUGUACUUGAAAGUACGUGUUAUUGCUUGAGAAAGACAACUCUUUGAUCCUAAGAAGUUAUGCAGUAACUCGAUUUCGAUCGUGAUCAGUCCGCAGUGCGAGUGAACUGUGGUCACGCGGACAGGCAGGAGUGUGAAUAAUGGCAGACAGGGUGCGCUAUAACAUAGCCUUCCUACUUUCCAAUCUAGAUGCAUCCGUGAUCUUGGAACUCUUGCUGGAGAAUGAUGUGCUGGACGUUGAUGAAUAUGAUACUGCCUCUAGCAAGGAAAACGUGAAGUCUGAUUUGACAAGGUACGUGGUGAGGCUGAUGCUGAAGAAAACAGAGGAACAGGUCGACACGUUCCUGAGGCUCAUUCAGCACAGCCAGCCUCAUGUAGCGGAACAUGUCGCCAGUACCAUGGCAAAGCGACGCGAUCCAACUGCCAGUGGAAAAACUGACCAUCCGACGAAGCCAAUAUCAAUGUCGGCAGAUGAUGAGUCCACACUUGGCUCGUCCUCCGGUAUCACCAUGACAACAGUUGGCAAACAGAAAACGCAGCCAUUGCAGCACACAGUGGGAGCUUGUCAGGCAGACCAACAACGGACGUCCAACAGAUGUGAGCCAAUCUUCAAACAACCAACAUCAGCUGAAACAACCGCUAAUGUAACUAAAACAGGUGCAACAUCCAAUACAACAUUGACUAGAACACAGGAUUCAACAAGAUCAACAACUUCAAGCCAGUCAUCUCUACCGGACAAAGACCGACAUUUCACUGGCAGGAAUGACAUUGUUACAGAGAUCAGUCACAAUAUUCUCACAACAAAGUCCAAGUCAUCACCUACACGAGUGCAGAGUCUUGUGGCACCAGCUGGUUUUGGUAAGACGUCCGUAGCCAUUGCUGUGGGACAUGCAUGUUGCAAUGCUGGUUGUCGUGUGGAGUUCUUUGACUUACGCGGUGUAGCUGGUGUUGACGCUGUCCAGGCAAUGAUUCAAAACCGACUCGAAACAAACCCAGCUUCAUCUGAAACUACUGGCAAGACAACGAAAUCAACUGAUGGCAGGGAUAAUGAUGGUGGCAAACACCACAUGUUAUAUAUCCUAGACAAUGCCGAGGAUGCUAUCCAGGCUGGUGCUGAUAAAGAUCUCCAACUACAAGAUGUUGUGGAGCAACUACUUCGACUACAACCCCAUGUCCAUGUCCUACUGACAAGUCGUGUUUACUUUGACCUACACGCUGCCCAGUUUAAACUACAACAACAUCGUCUUGAUGGUCUGACAAAGGUUUGUGCUGUUGGUCUUCUCCAUGGUCUAUGUGUUGAAGGUAGUGUAAGCAUUGAAGAUGCACAGAGGUUAGUGGAUCAUUGUGGAAAUGUCCCACUUGCUGUACGCAUUACAGCUGGUCUUCUACAAGGUGGUCGAUUAACUCCAACCAUGUUGCUGGCGGUGUUCAAGAAGAUUGGUCUUGAUGUGUUCAACGACGAUGGUCUGAAACCGAAUCAUCGAAUCCUGAAGCUGUUGACAUUAGCAUACAACACAUUACAACAGGAUGACAAGGAAUCAUUCCAUGCUCUGUCUCAACUACGCUCCUCGUUCUCAUCUGGCUGUGCUUGUGUGAUGGUGGGUUUGCCUGCAACUGAUGCCAGUGUGGUUCAUCUUGUACGUUUUGAUCCGUUGAUCAAGAUUUGUUUCCUGGAUUACAAUUCGUGUUUGGAUCGCUACUCGUUACAACCAUUUAUCGCCGAGUUUGGUCGUUACCAAUGCCCAGAAGACAAGCAACACAUGUACCAACAGCGAAUGUGCAAGCAUUUCCUUGGCUUUGUGAAAGAAGUUGAUGACUGUAGAGGUUGUGGUGCAGACAUAGCAAUGUACUGGAGUUACCAAUUGCUUCAGGAACGGGUGAAUAUACAGAAGGCGCUGUCUGUUGUUAAUGUUUUGUCUGGUGAUGACUUGCUUUCUUUCUCUGGAUUAACAAAGUCGUCUGGUAUCCUAGCUACCUUGUGUGGGAGAGCAGUAUUUGUUGGAGAGCUUAGGGACAGGAUUCAAAGAUUGGACAAAGCACCGCUAUCCGUUCAAGCUGAAAGCAUUCUCAACGUGGUCCUUUGUUAUAUUGUCUGUCCAAGCAUUGCAGAUUCUGAUGUCACUUUUGAGAGUUUGGAUUCCAGAACCCAAAUGCUCCUAGAGAAAUCUGAACAAGAACCGACAGGAGUGGAGUCACCGCUGCAGCUACCUUUGAUGCAACUUUCUCUAGAGUCAUGCAGGGUAUCCAUGUCUCUGGACAUCGACUGCAGGGAAGGACAGGUUGAGCCCAGCCAGGAAACACUAUCCCGUCUUCAGGUGGUGUACCAGCGUGUUACAACAACACUGGGAAUUGGUCUUGCAACAGGUGUGACUGAAUGUGCCCUGAAACUCAUUCAACUGUAUUGUUCCACUCUGCUAAACAAGGAUAUUCCCAAUGUAUUGGUGGUAGAAGACCUUGCUAAGAGAGUGAUUUCAUCACACUUCCUAUCACACGGUGCAGUCAGGUCAUGUGCUGCAAUGUACGGUUUUCUGCUACAGUGCAUUGCUGUGAUCCUGGGCAAGGUCAUGUCAAGUUUCUGUAGCAGUGAGUGGAUUAUUUCACCAUCAUUGCUUACAAUACUGGGUAUACCACGGUGCGAAUGGAAACAUGUACCAACUGCUAUCAGCCGCACGGUCAAUACCCAUGACGACAAAACCACUGUGUCUGCUUUUCGGUUACAACAGUACCUGCACUCCAUGGAUGAUGACACAGUGUCCACACUACUGGACUUGCACUUGAAUGAUGUGUACACCAUCCGAUACAGCUACUUGGUAGUUAAUGGAAGGGCGCGCACAACUCCAACUGGUCUCACUCUACCAGCACAGCAUCCCUACAACAUUGUGAUGGACUAUUUCAGGAGAUGGUGUAAUGGCUCAAAUCCAGCAGAUCACACAACAGCACUGAUUAACAACUGUAGCCAGAACAAGGUACCUGAUGUGGAAGUGAUGCAGUCUUGUAUACUUACGGCCAGAACACUGCUCGAGAUUGAGAAUACGGUCUUAGCAACUGAUGUUAAUUCCAAACUCUUCCCAGCAUUGAAGUCAUUGGUUAAUGAUCUCAGUGCUUGCCUGCCAAGCAAUUGUGCAACUGGUCUGUCAGUGUCUGGAAUUGUGUACUUACCACUACAAGCUGGAGACUACCCUGUGCUAUACGUCUCUGCCGUUGCUGCCCUACAUCAUCAAUCCAAGCGAGGCCAAGUGAGAAUCGAUCACCACAUUGCACUACUGGAAUGGUGUCCACGUGUAGCAGCAUGUUUUGUCUGCUAUGACCUGGACAACAUCAAAGCAUGUCCUCGUUGUGGCAUGGCUUACCUGUGUGGCAAACAUCGUCAAACUGAUGAACACCUAAGUGAACACACCCAACACUGUGCUAUGCUGGCACCACUCAGACAUCGCACACUGCAGGCUAGGUGAGCUUCUGAAGAUCUCUACUGGAUAGUGUUUAGCAGUUGAGAUCGGUGAAAGUGACCAGCACUGGACAGGGAUCAUUUCAAGCAGCUACUGCAGUAAGAGAUACUCCAACAGCACACUACCUGUCAUUGAUCACAACACUGUGACAUCACUUGUAUAGACAUGAUGUAUACAGAUUGUCUAUGACACACACAGUGUUGUGUUACUAUGUAGAUAUAAUGAUCAACUGAACUACAUGUACUGUCUAGUCCAGUCUACUGUGGUAUCAGUUUUACUGAAUGUGUUCAUGUCUACU